CGUAUUAAUUGCACCUUCAGCAAAUGCAACAGUGGAAAACACAACAUUGACAACAACAAUACCAGAAACAACAGCGGCACCAAAAACUGAAACAACAGGACCAUCAGCAACAACACUGGAAAAAACAACAUUACCAGCAACAGCAAAAGUGCCAAUAACAACAGCAGCUGAAACAACAGUACCAGAAACAUUAGGUGGAGAAACAACAGUAACAACCCCAACAAUAGCAGAAACAACAGUACCAAACAUAUUAGGUGGGGAAACAACAGUAGCACCGGCAAUAACAGAGACAACAGUAACCGCAUCAACAACAGCAAUGGAAACAGUAUCACCAACAACAAGUACAGCAGAAACAACACUGACAAUAAAAUCAGCAACAGAAACAUCAUUUAAAAUACCAGCACCACCAGGAAUAGGUGGAAUAGGAAUAGGAACUACAGAGAAAACAUCAGCACCCACAACAGCAAAAGAAUUAUCAGUGGUAACAACAACAGUGACAGAAAAAAUAGUAACAACAGCAGCAGAUAUUACAAUACAAACAACAACAGCCGAAACAACAGUGCCAGUAACAACAGCUGCUAAAACAACAGUACUAGAAACAACUGCACUAGCAACAGCAUCAGCAAAAACAACAGUGUCAGCAACAACAGCAGCAGCAUCAGACACAACUUUAGUAAAAACAACAACGAUAGAUGCGAUGGUACUCGCAACAACAAGAGCAGAUACAACAAUACCAACAACAGCAGCAGCACAAAGCACAGUGCAAGCAACAACAACAUCAGAAACAACAACACCAACAACACCUGCAGUAGAAACAUAUUUGCCAGCAACAACAGUACCAGAAACAACAGUACUAGCAACAACAUCAGCAAAAACCACAGUGAUGGCAACAACUGCAGUAGAAAUAAUUUUGCCUGAAACAACAAUGGCAGAAACAACAGUACUAGCAACAACAACAGCAAAAACAACAACACUAGCAACAACUGCAGUAGAAACAGAUUUGCCAGCAACAAUACCAGAAACAACAGUGCCAGCAACUACAAUAGCAGAACCAGCAGUGCCUGAAACAACAGUACUAGCAACAGUCUCAGCAGAAACAACAGCGCUAGCUACAACAGAAACAACAGUGUCAAAAAAAAUCACAGGAGACACAACUUUGGCAAUAACAGUGGUAGAAUCAACAGUAUUAGCAACAACAGCAGCAGAAACAACGGUGCUGACAACGACACCAGAAAAUACAACGGUACUCAGAGCAACAACAGCAGAAACAACUGCACUAUCAACAACAAAGGCAGAAACAACAGUGCUGGCAACAACAGCAGAUAAUACAGGGGUACUAGCAACAACAGCAGCAGAAACCCCAUUAGCAACAACAGCAGCAGAAACAACGGUGCUGACAACGACACCAGAAAAUACAACGGUACUCAGGGCAACAACAGCAGAAACAACUGCACUAUCAACAACAAAGGCAGAAACAACAGGGCUGGCAACAACAGCAGAUAAUACAGGGGUACUAGCAACAACAGCAGCAGAAACACCAUUAGCAACUACAGCAGCAGAAACAACGGUGCUGACAACGACACCAGAAAAUACAACGGUACUCAGAACAACAACAGCAGAAACAACUGCACUGACAACAACAAAGGCAGAAACAACAGUGCUGGCAACAACAGCCGACAAUACAGGGGUACUAGCAACAACAGCGGCAGAAACCCCAUUAGCAACAACAGCAGCAGAAACAACAGUGCUGGCAACGACACCAGAAAAUACAACGGUACUCGGAACAACAGCAGCAGAAACAACUGCACUGACAACAACAAAGGCAGAAACAACAGUGCUGGUAACAACAGCAGAUACUACAGGGGUACUAGCAACAACAGCGGCAGAAACCCCAUUAGCAACAACAGCAACAGAAACAACGGUGCUGGCAACGACAUCAGAAAAUACAAUGGUACUCAGAACAACAAUAGCAGAAACAACUGCACUAACAACAACAAAGGCAGAAACAACAGUGCUGGCAACAACAGCAGAUACUACAGGGGUACUAGCAACAACAGCGGCAGAAACCCCAUUAACAACAACAGCAGCAGAAACGACUGCACUGGCAACGACACCAGAAAAUACAACGGUACUCGGAACAACAGCAGCAGAAACAACUGCACUAACAACAACAGCGGCAGAAACCCCAUUAGCAACAACAGCAGCAGAAAAAACCGUACAAGCAACAACAGAGGUAGAAACAACAUUGUUGGCACCAACAGCAGAUAAUACAACAGUACCAGCAACAAUGGCAGAUAAUACAACAGUACUAGCAACAACAGCAGAAGAAACAACAUUAGCAGAAACAACAAUAUUAGCAACAACAGCAGCAGAAACAACACCACAAGCAACAACAGCAGACAAUACAACGAUACUAGCAACAACAGCAGCAGAAACAACAGUGCUGGCAACAACAGCAGAUAAUACAACGAUACUAGCAACAACUGCAGCAGAAACAACAUUAGCAACAACAGCAGCAGAAACAACCAUACAAGCAACAACAGAGGUAGAAACAACAUUGCUGGCAACAACUGCAGGUAAUACAACAGUACUAGCAACAACAGUAGAUAAUACAACGGUACUAGCAACAACAGCAAAUAAUACAACGAUACUAGCAACAACUGCAGCAGAAACAACAUUAGCAACAACAGCAGCAGAAACAACCAUACAAGCAGCAACAGAGGUAGAAACAACAGUGCUGGCAACAACAGUAGAUAAUACAACGGUACUAGCAACAACAGCAGAUAAUACAACGAUACUAGCAACAACUCCAGCAGAAACAACAUUAGCAACGACAGCAGCAGAAACAACCGUACAAGCAACAACAGAGGUAGAAACAACAGUGCUGGCAACAACUGCAGGUAAUACAACAGUACAACCAACAACAGCAGAUACAACACUGCUGGCAACAACAGCAGACAAUACAACGAUACUAGCAACAACAGCACCAGAAACUACAAUACUGGCAACAACAACAACAGAAGAAACAACAAUAGCAGAAACAACAAUAUUAGCAACAACCGAUGAAGAAACAACUUUGCUGGCAACAACAGCAGAUAAUACAACAGUACUAGCAACAAUGGUAGAUAAUUCAACGGUACUAGCAACAACAGCAAAAGAAACAACAUUAGCAGAAACAACAGUAUUAACAACAACAGCAGGAGUAACAACUUUAGCAGAAACAACAAUAUUACCAACAACAGCAGAAGUAACAAAUGUACUAACAACAACUGCUGUAGAAACAGCAGAACCAGCCACAAGAACACCAGCAAUGGUACAAGCAACAACUGGGGCAGAGACAUUCCCUGAAUCAACAACAUUUGAGACAAAGGUACCAACAACAACAGCAGCAGAACCAACAGGAACCCUAGCAACAAAACCAGAAACAACAGCAGCAAAAAUGACAGUACCUGCAACAACACAAGCAAAAACAACUAUACCAGCAACUACAGCAGAAACAAUACUAGCAACAACAUCUUCAACUUCAACGGCUGUAACAACAGCUACUACAACUCUUCAUACAAGUAGCCCAGCUGGAGUGCCUCCUACAGCCAAAGAAACCACUGUGAUUGCAACUGGUAUCAUCACAUCCACAACCCCAGCAACUACAACAACAGCUGCUGUGCAACCACUUACUUUCAACAUAACUUCUACAACAAAAUCCCUACCGGUCGUCCCUCCAAAUUCAGCAGCAACUACAAAAUCUUCACCUGUACCAACAGGACCCCCACCUCUUUCUCAAACAACAGCAACCAAAGAAACAACCAGUCAAGGUUUUGAAGCCAUAGCUCGUAUGCAGAUGAGAUUAGUCUUUAAUGGAGGGGUCAGCAAUGAUACUGUCAUUGAACUUAUUAAACAGUUUUUCCAAGAACAGAUCCUGAAUGGAACAACAAACACAGUCACAGUGAAAAACAUUCGGAGGACCUUACCUAAUCCAUGAGGAUUAUGUAUCUAAACAUACAUUCCUUUUUUACCUAAUGGGGAGAAGUGUUAGUAACAUUUAUAAUGAAUCGGUAACUAGUGAUGGCAAUUGCAAUAGUACUUUAUUAAGUAGCAUUGAUACCAUGAAACAAAUCUGGUAUGUUUUCGAUUAUGCCAAUGAUUCAUUGCAGAUCAAUGAGGAAGUUGGCAGCAACAACUGGGAAUGUCCCUUCUCGCUAAAUUAAGAUAUUAAAUCAGCAAGACAAACUACCAUUUUAUGACAAGUAAUGAGUUGUUUUUGAGUGUCUUUGUUCAAUGGAAAGCCUACAUUUGUUUUGUGUUUUUUUUCUUCCUAAAAUGAGUACUUUGAAUUAUAGUUGGGAAUGCACAGAGGUAGAAGCUUCUGGAUAUUGGCUUUCACAAAAACGUGCAAUUAAAAAAAGUAAUAAACAUUUGUAAUCAACAGUGAUAACACAGCCAACAUUUGAGCUUUGUAUGUAUUUUAGCUGUGGAAUUGGUUCUUACAUAAAAUGUGAAUUUGUUUACUGUAAAUAUUAUUAUUUUAUUGUCUUUGAAUAUAAUCAGUUGUUGCUUUCCACCACAACUAACAAGAAAACAAUGUGUUAAUAUUUUUGAAUGAUGGCAACCAAAAAAAAAAAA